AUGAGAGCAGAAAGAAGAAUUUCAUGGGAGUGGUGCAUUAAAAUCGCUUUAUGGCUGACUGUUUUACUUUAUUGGGUUGCUGGAGUUGUGUUAAUAGUCACAGGUGUGUGUGUUCAAGUGAAACUUCACAAUGCUUUUGUGGUACUGAAUGAAGCUGCUUCAGGAGUACCUGUGACCAUAACAGUUAUUGGUGUGCUUAUUAUCAUUCUGUCUGGCUUUGGGGCAAUUGCUUUAUUCAGAUCUAACAAAGCCAUGAUCAAAUUGUUCACAGGUUUACUGGUGUUGCUCUUGAUCACUGAAAUCCUAGUUGUUGCCACUUCCUAUGCGUGCAGAAUAAAGCUACUCCAGACUGUAUCCAAAGAUUUCGUGAGGAUUCUGAACAAGUAUGAUAAGAUAGUGCAGAUCACCAAAGGGGUGGAUACUCUCCAAGCAGAGUUUCAAUGCUGUGGUGCGGAGAACUAUUCAGACUGGCAAAACACAACCUUUGGACUGCUCUCCUCAUCUGUCCCCAAAAGCUGCUGCAAAGUGCCUGUGGAAAGCUGUGUUACUGAUCUAAACGAAGAUAUGGUUGGCAUUAAUCAGGAGGGCUGUCUUCUGAAACUAAAGACAUGGACUGAAAGAAACAUUUCUGCACUUGGAGGACUUGCAGUUCUUGUUGUAUUUGGUCAGGUAACUGGGAUCAUGCUUUGCUAUAUUCUGCUGAAAAUAAUAAACGAAGACUAUGACAUCAUUGAACAAGCUUAAGAAGCCAGCAUUCAUUUUAUGACUGCAAACUUGAAUUGAAAUUGAAAUAAAGUGGGUUUUUUCUUCUUUUUGUCUUGCCAAAUACAAAGUGCACAAAAUAAAAUGUUCUAAAACACAAUUGUUGCAUUGGUAUUUUUCACUCCUAGUGUCGUGGCCCCUCUGGAUUC